UUCGGAGUUUCACGAAAACGUCCACUGAAACUACACUUUUAAUCAUGUGGUUCGUUCUUUAGACGAUAAAGACCAUUUUUGAGUAUUUACUUAAUAAAAAGCGAUAUAAUUUGAACAUAAAAUAAAUGAAGAAAACAUUUAAAAUUGCGUGAUAUGUGUUUAUCUUGAAAUGUAGCUUCUCAAACAAUUCAAUGAUCCGUCAGAUCUGAUUUUGUGAUUUAUUUUGUUUGUGCUAAUGUGAGUUUGGCUGUUUAGAACUUAAAGUGAUUUACCUGAGAUGAAGAUGCUUCUCAUAUUGCUGGUUGUGGUGGCGGUCUGUCGAGGUGUACCUCAGAAGCCGAACCUGGACGCGAUACUUAACCGAAGAACCGACGUAUACAUAGCUGGUUUCUUUCCAUUCGGUAAAGGAGUAGAGAAUUCCAAUACUGGGCGCGGUGUGAUGCCGAGUGUGAAGCUAGCCCUGGAUCACGUCAACGAACACGACUCGGUGCUGAGGAACUACCGGCUUCACAUGUGGUGGAAUGACACGGAGUGUAACGCGGCAGUAGGUGUGAAGUCGUUUUUCGACAUGAUGCACAGCGGUCCUCACAAGCUGAUGCUUUUUGGAGCCGCUUGCACGCACGUCACCGAUCCCAUAGCGAAGGCUUCUAAGCACUGGCAUCUUACACAGCUUUCUUACGCCGACACCCACCCGAUGUUCACAAGAGAGGCUUUUCCAAAUUUCUUCCGCAUCGUGCCUUCAGAGAACGCAUUCAAUUUGCCCCGGAUCAGACUACUGCAACACUUCAACUGGACCAGGGUUGGGACUAUUUAUCAGAACGAACCAAGAUAUGCUUUGGCUCACAAUCGACUACUGGCUGAUUUGGACACCCACGGAUUCCUGAUUGAAGAAACUCAGAGCUUCGCCACUGAAGUAAAAACCGCGUUGGCCAAGCUUAAAGAGAAAGACGUCAGAGUCAUUCUUGGAAACUUCAAUGAAACCUGGGCCCUGAAGAUAUUCUGUGAAGCCUACAAACUUGAAAUGUUUGGUCGAGCUUACUCCUGGCUCCUGCUGGGGACCUACAGUAACAGCUGGUGGACGCGACGGGCACCUUGUUCCCGCCGGAACUUGACUGCCGCCCUUGACACCGCCAUUCUCACGGAUCUGCUGCCACUGUCCACCACCCAGGAGACCACCGUUUCUGGCAUUACGGCGAAAGACUAUCAAGUGGAGUAUGACAGGAGACGAGGAAUGGAAUACUCGAGAUUUCACGGCUACACCUACGAUGGUAUAUGGGCGAUGGCACUAGCGAUACAGACGGUGGCACAACGAGUAAAGCUGAGGAAUAAGGAGAAGACAGUGCAGGACUUCCGCUACAGAGACAAGGAGUGGGAGCAGUUGUUCCUGGAUGCGCUUAGUAAUGUGACAUUCGAAGGAGUCACCGGUCCAGUCCGGUUCUAUGACAACGAACGCAAAGCCUCUAUUCUAUUGAAGCAGUUCCAAGGUGAUGAAGUAGGGGAAGUGAAGGUGGGGGAGUAUUGUGCUGAGAGAGAUCAUCUGGACCUGACUAGUUGGGAGUCAUUCAAAUGGCUGGGCAAGAAUCCUCCGAAAGACCGAACGCUGCGGCUCAUAGAGCACACCCAAGUGAACAUCACUAUUUACUCUAUCUUGGUCUCCUGCUCCGUGCUGGGUAUACUCCUAGCCACCGGCUUCCUCGCUAUGAACAUACAUUACAGGAAUCAGAGGUACAUAAAGAUGUCUUCACCGCAUUUGAACAAUCUCAUCAUCGUGGGCUGCAUGCUCACCUACCUGAGCGUGAUCUUCCUCGGCUUGGACUCCAGCCUCAGCAGCAUCGGUCUUUCUCAGGACACGCCGCGCGGAGCUGCCUUUCCCUACAUUUGCACCGCCAGAGCUUGGCUACUAAUGGCCGGUUUUAGUCUCGCUUUCGGAGCCAUGUUCUCAAAGACUUGGCGGGUCCACUCCAUCUUCACUGACGUCAAGCUAAAUAAGAAGGUCAUUAAAGAUUAUCAGCUCUUCAUGGUCGUGGGAGUGCUUCUCUGCAUCGACUUGGCAAUAAUGACGACUUGGCAGAUAUCUGAUCCUUUUUACAGAGCAACGAAACAGAUGGAUCCUUACCCUCACCCUUCGAGCGAGGACAUCGUGAUAGUUCAAGAGAACGAAUACUGUCAAUCAGAACGGAUGCCGAUCUUCAUUGGAGUCAUUUACGCUUACAAGGGCUUGCUGCUGGUAUUCGGAGCGUUCCUGGCGUGGGAGACCCGUCAUGUCUCUAUACCAGCCCUGAACGACUCUCAACACAUCGGCUUAUCUGUUUACAACGUACUCAUCAUGUGUAUUAUGGGCGCAGCUAUUACUUUGGUGCUAGCUGACCACAAAGAUGCCUUGUUUGUAUUAAUUGGCAUCUUCAUAAUUUUUUGUACGACGGGAACUCUCUGUUUGGUGUUCGUACCGAAGUUGUUGGAGCUUCGCCGUAACGGUCAAGGCGGGGCGGGGGCGGGACGCAUCCGUGCCACACUGCGACCUGCCUCAGGGCACGAGUGCCGCUCGCCCGGACCCGAGCUGGAGAGGCGCCUCAAGGAGCUGAGACAGUACAACAACCGCUACAGGCGGACGUUGCAGGCCAAGGAGAAUGAGCUUCAGAUGCUACUCAGUAAGCUUGGCAGUGACGUCACUUCGGAAUCGUCCACACGCGGAGACUCUCGGUCGCCGGCAACUCAGCGCAUAAAGCUGCCCAUACCGAAGGAGAAUAUUAGCCACCCUGAAACAAGCGACAUCACGUCUGUGUGCAGUCUGAGCGCCUCAGCUGGCGCGGAAACUGAAUACAUCAAUCUGCAGCCACAACAAUCUAUCGAGAAACCAAGGCCUUCAGCUCCUCCUGAGCCAAUCAAAGACCUAACACCCAAAGAGCCAAAGAAGGAGCAGACGAAAAAUGUGUCUUUCAAGAAUCAUCUGGAUUACACCAGUCCUCCGCCUACAUCCAAAGCUGUCCCGGAGAAAGAUCAGCUCGCGAAAUUGCCGUAUGGUUGGUCUUCUGAAGUUCGGGAACCAUUAGGGCCGGCAUUAAAAACAUCUAAAACUCCGGAGCCAGCUAAAGCUGAAGCUAAAACCGUACCGGCUCUGAAAAGCAACGACACCCCGCCAGCGAUGUCUGUGCCAGCGAAAAUCCAGGAGCCGAUGUAUACCAAGGCAGCCACACCGAAGAUCAAUAAGACGCCAGAACUUCAAAAGAAAGCUGCUCAAGACUCGGUGUCGACCAAAACAACUCCAUCUCGGGAACACAAGCCCGCUAGAGGACAUAGACGUAUGUCCAGCCUCAGCCAGAGUGCUCUCCUCACUGACCUCAUGCAUGUCUCCGUGGACCAGGAUGAUACAGAACCGCCCCCUGGUCUUGAAAGGAAGGUUAUAGGUCAAGAAAGAGAUCCUCCACCACCUCCAAUUGCGAAACCCAAGCAAGAACCGGAAGAUAUUCUGGACGUAGACCAUGAUUAUUCUUCAAUGGAAAGAAGGAAAUCUUGCCAAAGAAGAGACUCGGAGAAAAGAAAAAAAGAGAACUUCAUAGUAGUCCAGAGCGACCUGUGGGACACUAACACAUUUCAGUACACCUGCCAAAAAUCUCCUCCAGCCAGUCAUCAUCACACUCCGAUGCAGCGAAGUGUGUCGGAGAAGAGCAGACAGCAGCCUUCACCGCAUCACCAAAGGGAAGCGGAUAGAACUGUGGAGAGAAGAGCAUCAAAUGCUUCAAUUAAUUACGGUCCGGCAAGAGGAGGCACGCCAGAAGGUUAUCGAGAUGCGGAGACGCUGCCAAUGUCUGAUCGACAUGCCAAGCGUCGAGGAUCUGAAUUCCCGCAGCCGGUGAGCACUCCUCCACAGCAGUCGCAAACAAAACGAAGACAGUCGAUGGCACAGGUGAGAUCUUACGCGGAAGAGAGGCCAGAUAAAACGGAGAUCUCUCGAAGACACGAGGAGCCUAAAAAGAAACAAGAACCUGUCCAGGAAUCAGAAUGGAAGCCGGAGCCUGAUACUAUUAGAGUGUCGAAAACCCAGGAUUCUCCUGCGAAGAGGCUGAGGCAGGAGGCUGAACCGUUGAAGAGAGCGAAGGCUGUGGAGUCUCCUAGGUUAACCCAGGCCGGCAGUCAGCCUAGGCCAGAACAUUACAAGAGCAGCCCUAAUGUCGCGUCAAGGCAUAAAUCUGGCUCACCGAACAAACGCGAAGACAGAAAGUCUGCGUCGUAUAGAAGCGAUUCAAAGCGUCAAGAUUCGGCGGAGCAACGGAAGAUGUACACCGCGAGCUCGGAGUCCGAACUGUUCGAAUGCGCCAUACUCCCUAUCUUCCACAAGCUAUUGACGGAAAGGCACAAAAGUCAACCGCACGGCUUGAACCUUAGUUACGGGGUCAGCUGUCCUAACAUAUCCAUUAAAUGUGACAUCGUUGAGUAUUUGUAGAUUGCGUGUGUUGCUAGCACUAAUAGGUGUAAAGACUCAUGAGCACUCACUAUCUAAUUACGAGUCUUUGUUGCUCCAUUACUGCACGAUUUCUCGUCCACGAAAUUAGCAUUUAUGUGGAAUAAAAUGUUAUUCGAAGCAGCGGCGAAAAUUGCAAAUCGACUUUCGCUUCACACGAAGGAAGAAAUUAUUUUAACCAUACAGGAUAAUAAUUCCGAAGUUAGAAUGCCGAAAUUAGAAUUGAAGUCGUCGUGGCCUAAAGGAUAAGAUGUCCGGUGCAUUCGUGUUGAGCGCGAUGCACCGAUGUUCGAAUCUCAGGCGGGUACCAAUUUUUCUAAUGAAAUACGUAUUCAACAUAUGUUCACGAUUGAUUUCCACGGUGAAGGAAUAACAUCGUGUAAUAAAAAUCAAACCCGCAAAAUUAUAAUUUGCGUAAUUACUGGUAGUAGGACCUCUUGUGAGUCAGCGCGGGUGCGUACCACCACCCUGCCUAUUUCUGCCGUGAAGCAGUAUGUAAUGCGUUUCGGUUUGAAGGGUCGGGCAGCCAGCCAGCAGGUUGUAACUAUACGUGAGACCUUAGAACUUAUAUCUCAAGGUGGGUGGCGCAUUUGCGUUGUGGAUGUCUAUGGGCUCCAGUAACCACUUAACACCAGGUGGGCUGUGAGCUCGUCCAACCAUCUAAGCAAUAAAAAAAAUUAAAAAAAUUGCUCCUUUCAUUUGUACCUUAUUACUUUUAACAUUGACGUAUGCAUUAUAUUAUAACAUAACUGAUGGAAGCGCUAACAAGUCGACAUAGACUAAUUAAUGACCAGCCCGCCGAUUCAAACGAAUACCAUAUAUAGUAUUCUUUUCGAUUUUCGCGAUCCGUGCACAUAAAUUAAAAAAAACUUUAACGAUUUAAUCUCCCGUUUUAUAUUGUUAUCCGAAAACACCACGGUUUGACCACGAACAUUGUAAGAAAUAAUUCAAAACGUCGGAAAUAAUAUAAAGGUAAUAAAACACAUAAAUUUUAUUCGUAAAAAUAGUUUUAUUUGUGUUAACAUAGUUAACUGUUGUUAGUGUUGUGUGGUCUAAAUUUUGGCGCCAAAAUUCUGCUUUUGUCGUGAAGUAAGCAAGCAUUGCGAUUUGACAGGCGACUCAAGAGUUUGACGUGUCUCAAGAUAGGUAGGGGCUUUCAUGCUGUGAUGUUUACAGGCUCUGGUAACCCCUCAAUAUCAGAUGAGCCGUGAGCCCAUCUUUUCAUCUAAAUAAUAAACCAUACGUGUAAAUAUUGCCCAGUAAUUUCCAUGGCGGCGUUCGCAUUACGGUAGGACUUCGCUUCGGGACCCACCAUUACGUGUCACAUGCCUUUAUCAAUUAAAUAUGUAAUAACUUAUAGAAGUAAAUAUUUAUAUUAAGACGGUACAUUUACGUCUAACAAGUUCAUUAACGGGUCUAAUCUUAUAGUCAUUUUUAUAUUGUACAGUGGAUAAUAGAUAAUUAAUUAUAUUGUUAUAAAUUGUUGUAGUUGUGUGUAAAUAAAUAGGCAAAAGCAAAUCAGUGAAGUGCCAUAGUAUCUACGGACGACAGAGCUCUAUUGACAUAAAAAAAUAAUCGUUUUGUGAAGUGAAACUUCUUUAGGUGCUUCUUUAGGUGAAACUUCUUUAACUCGCGACAGAUCCGUUACGGCUAGAGAGAAAAGAUACAAUGUAAGAAGAGCCGGAGUGAGAAAACAAACAAAGCGUCUCUCGAACCACUCGACCGUGGAGAAAGGGAAAGAAUAACGCGAGCUAAGUCGUUUCUCUUAUACACAUUCUGUUUAUGGGAGUCGGUCACUAGAUGGCUUGUUAUCAGUUUCUCAUUGCUCUUGUAGAUGGCAGUAACAUAUUAACUAUCUUAUAUUUUAUUUCUAAUGAAAGAUUUAAAAAAAAAAAAAUCUAUAUAUAUGUACUUUAAAGUAUAUAUAAAUGGAGAAGAGGUCCUUUCUCUUAUAAACAGCAUUCUCUAUAACAAGAGAAAUUUGAUGAAAAAUUAAGAAAACCACAAUUAUACUACUUACCGCAAAAGAAGUUUCACUUCUUUCACGUGCACCAUUUUUUUUUUAAUACUUCAAAUUGUCAGUAAGUAGCGAAAUAGAAAAACAAAUGUAGGGAAUUAAAUUGUUCUAAGCUAUGAGGCGUUAGUCAUUAUAGGUCAGGUUUAGAUCAUUGAGAGAACACUAUCCAAAUUAGGUACAUUUCGACGUUUCUCAAAUAAGCGGACUGUUGCCUUCCUUCUCAAUUAAUCUGUUUUCAAAUAUACAAUUCAAAAUAACAAAAUAGAUAAUUCAUAUAAAUUCUAGUGUUAAUAUAGAUUAUAUUGCGAAAAAAAUUAUAGUCUUAAAUCUAAUUUAAUUACUGUUAAUUCUAGCGCCAUAAAUUUACUAUUAAAAGCACAAUUUUAUUUCAAUUUAAUAUUUAGAAUAAUAAUAAGAAUGUAAAAUACUUAAUCAUUGAUAUUUUAAAAGUCAAUUCAAUGUCUUAUAUAAGUGUCAUCUAUGUUUAAAUUUUGAAAUGUUUCAGUCAAAUGGUAUGUUCUAGUCAUCCGUUGGGUGUAAUCUUAGUUAAUUUUAAAGACUAGAUAUUAAAAACAAAAAAGUUAAAAUAUGUAAAAUAAAUAUUUUGUUGUUAUUACAA